AUGUCCGUGCCAACCUUAUCGAAUAAGCCAGAAAAUAUUGACCUGCUGGUGCUAGCCCCAGGAGAAAAAAAAGUUACUUGCGAAAUAUCCGAGAAAGGCGAUUGCAACAUAUUCACAAUAAAACUGGAGGAUCACACCAUAGGAAAUUUGAUAAAACAAGCUCUUUGCCAAGAUCCCAAGGUUACAUUUGCAGCCUACAGACAGCCACAUCCUCUUCAAAAUAAAAUUGAAAUAACCAUAAAACCAAAGGGAUAUGCAGGGGUUAAAUUGCUUUCAGAUAACGUAAGCGGCUUGUUGUCCGAUGUAUCCGAGUUGAGAGAAAAUUUUAAGAGAAAGGUUCAACGGUAUAAGGAGAGAAGCGCUUAUUACGCAGACGACUGA